CUAGUAACUGUUCUUGUAAGAAAUAUUUAUCAAGUUUCUUUUCAUCAAUUUGGAAAAAAUAUAUUAAAAAUGCUGGGUUAUUAACUAAUUUUUGCUCUCUCCCCCCCUCUCUCUCAAUACAAUAUAAUUUCCUACAGUAAUGAAAUCAUAAUAAUAAUGGAGUAGUGUAGACAAUAUCAAUUUAACCAAAUAAGGAAAAGGAAAAUUUCUAAAUAAAUGUAUUCUCGUAGUCACUGUUAUUGUUUGUGUUUCACAGCGGAAAAGCCGCGUUUUGCCCUGUUAUUUGUAUCUUGUGAGCGUGUUAUUGCGCUAAUAUCUCCAUCAGUCAUCUCUCAGUAUUCUGCUUGAGCCCUCUCCUUCCUACCAUAGUAUCCCUGAGAGAGAGAGAGAGAGACAGACAGACUGAGACUUGAAUUGAAGCAAACUAAUUGACUGAAAUGAAAAGUUAAACUCAAGGAAAGUGGAGAGCUUAAGCUGACGAACACAAGCCCAAAUGAACAGAACAAGUCAGUAGAAGAUAGAAAGGUCACAACACGGAGAGCAGCUGGGGCAAACACACGGACGCUAGCCAAACCCCUUCACCAGAGUGCAAGUCAAAUAUUGGAGGAAGAGGAGCACUCAAAGUAGGGAAGCUGAAAGGGUCACGCAAAACAGGGGCGGCUGCAGGCGGGUCCAGGAUGAUGCAGCAGCAGCAGACCCAACACGGGGCCACCAUGACUGGGAUAGGUUCACAGCAAAGCCAACAAACGCAGCAAGACCCACAACAGCAGCAGCAGCAACAACAACAACCACCGUCACAGCAGUCACAAGGACAGCAGACGCAGCAGCAACAAACACAGCAACAGCAGCAACAGCAGCAGCAGCAACAGCAGCAACAACAACAACAGCAACAACAGCAACAGCAACAACAACAGCAGCAGCAGCAACAGCAACAGCAGCAGCAACAACAGCAGCAGGAAGUUAAACUGGAUAGCAUCAGCCGAGUCAAGAAUCAUUAUGGUCAGAUGAAGGAUGCACUGAUGGAAGCUCUAAGUGCAGUGGCAACCAACGCAGGGAACAACAAUCAGGUGGAUCAGGGUAACAGGAAUGCCGGAGAAAUACAGCAUGCCAAAUUUGAGGAGAACAUUGAGAAAUUCUACACGCUUUGUGACCAAAUGGAGCUGAACCUUAGAACUGCCAUAGAUAGCCAGCUUCAGGCUAAGGCAUCCCAGCUCAACACACCAAACUCCAUCAACACACCGCCCGUUGAGGUGCAGAAAUAUGUGCAAUACCUUGCCACAGUCAGGAACCAGGUGGUGUUUGCCAAGGACAUUCACACAGCGCUGGUGGAUGCCGCCCGCAUGACCACCAGUGCCAUGACCACCAUGGAGAAUGCCAAUUGAUCUCUGGGCUUUCAUAGUUCCUUUUAGAUGUCUUUUAUCACAGGACUCACUUGUGUGUCUUACUCAUCCUGGUGUUGGCUGGUGGAAGGCAUGGUUAAGGUAGUGUGAGGCAGAUCUCAGUCAUUUUGUUUUCCUUUGUGGGGACUGGUUUUAUGGGUGACUGGAGCCUCAUCUAUACACUCUCUAUCUAUCUCUGUUCUUUUUAGCAAUGAACUCUCUUUAACAGCUCAGUCCAUCUAAUCUAACUUUCUUGUAAAACAGCAAAUAACAUUUUCUAUCUUGUCUUCAUUCCUAUCUUGAGACUCAUUUGUAUAGCUUCUCAUUUAUUUUCAGAGACCCACUUAAAAUUUCAACCUUGUCCUUUACUUUAGCUUUGGUCACUCAUGUCUUGGCCUUCAAUCAGACUCAUUCAGGAGUCCAUCCUUGUUUUUCUUUCCUUUUCCAUUAUCUUGGGCCUCAUACCUCGUCACACAUAUUAAACUGUCUUGGUUUCUUCAGCAUCUUUACUGUAACACACACACACACACACACACAUAACACGCCGUGUAGUGUAGUGGUUAGCAUGCUCGACUCACAAUCGAGAGGCCCGGGUUCGAGUCCCGGAAAGCGGCGGGGCAAAUGGGCAAGCCUCUUAAUGUGUGGCCCCUGUUCACCUAGCAGUAAAAAUAGGUACAAGAUGUAACUCAAAGGGUUGUGGCCUCCCUUUCCCGGUGUGUGUUGUGGUCUCAGUCCUACCCGAAGAUCGGUCUAUGAACUCUAAGCUCGCUCCAUAAUGGGGAAGACUGGCUGGGUGACUAGCAGGCCACCUAGGUGAAUUACACACAUUUUCUAUGCACUCUGGAAAAGUCAGCUAACAUAAGGAUGAGUGAUGCAUUAGAGAUCUUGCUGCAUUAGUAUCUGAAUUAUGUGUUUUUGUGUUUGUAUGGAUGAUGUGACCAGAAAAGUAUAUGUAUAUGUUAGGGUGAUGCAAGAAAAGGUGUAAGAACAGGCAUGUACUGAGUAAAUGAUGAAAUAUUUAUGCAUAAGAUGUAGUUCAAAUUGUCUUUUGAGAGAAAGGUAUUGAUCAUCCAUGCUUGUCACCUCGCUUACAAAUCAUGAUUGCUUGAAAUGAAACAGUUUUUUCCCUUCUAUAUUCAACUUUUCACUAAGCUCCCUACAUUAUGCUGGUGGCUAGAAGCAACGAAGGGUAAAAGGAAGUAGAAAGCCACACAGAAUUAGGACUUGAAAUACACGUAACUCUCUUCCUUUCUUUGGUCACUUAUCAUCUCCCUGUGGCGUGUUACUUGUUGGAAGCAGAGGAGUUACAUUUUGUACCAGUUAGGAGGUAUAUAAUGAAAUAUUUGUACCAGAAAAAUGAGAUUUAGUGAAAUAUGCAAGCAAAGAGAAAUAGCUACAGUAGUGAAGUAAAAGGAAAAAAGUUUAGAUAUCUUAUAGGAAAAUAAAAGGGUUAGAUGAGCUUAUUUUUGUGUAUAUAUUCACGUAGUAUGAAUAGAUCAGUGAGAAGUGAGAACUUAACAUUUAAUAUUUUUUUAUGUAGGAUAAGUGAGAAAAAACUGACAUCUCAAAAUAAAUUAUGCAUUUGUAAGUAAAAGCUAUACAGUCAUUUUAAAGGAAGUUGGAUUAAUAAGUUUAUAGCCAAAUUAUCAGUGGUAGAGAAAUGAUAAUAGAGAUAUUUGGUAAUUAUAGAUAGGAUUAGCAAACCAUGUAUUAGACUGAUGGUAAGACACUGAGUUAAGAUCCUGUAAUGUUCCAUCUAGGUGUGUUAAGUCAGGUGUAGAUAGCGUAAGCAAAGUAACGAAGUACUGUAGGAAGUCUCUCUCUCUCUCUCUCUCUAAUACACAUCUGUGUGUGUGUGUGAUGGAAUGGAAGGUAACAUAAGGUGCAUGUUAGGGUGUUAUAUGAAUGGCUGAAGGACAAAAGUAUUGGUUGGGAGUGAAACCUACAUUAUUUAUAUCGCUGAACUGCAAUAAAUGUUCUGGAAAGGAUAGUGUUUAGGUUUGCAUGUCCCAGUUAACUUAAAACAUUGAAAAAAAAAAAAGUCCAAGCCCUUAUACCCAACUCUAAAGAAAAGCAAGGGUUGUAAAAAAUAUAAACUUUACCACCAUUCUAAUGUUUCGGCCUUUCAUAACUGCCCAGCCUCAAAAACCCCCUUAUGUAAGUUUCCAUCAUUAAAAUCCACUUUUUCCACAUCCUGCUUUCAAGACUUCUACUUGGUGACCAUUGAAUUCAACCAAGUUUCGCCAUCAAACAAUCCUUGACAAUUCCAAGUGUCACUUGUUUUUCAAUAGCAUUACCUUUCAGUUGUCACUACACGCUUUUUCACAAGUUUAACUCCCUGCUUUUUUCACGUCACGUUCAGCAAUUUUUUAAACAUCCGUUAUCAAUAUUUCUCCCACCAUACCCAGUGAUCUCAAAAUUUCAGCGCCACGUGCUAUAUCCAUGUUUAUUCACAUAGGAAUAUUGAUAUAGGAUACAAUGAUUUACAGUAGUAUGCAAUAUAUAAAUAUCUUGUGGAUUCCUUCAAACCUAACGCAGUUAAUCUUUGAAAUCAUUUACUUGCAAGAAAAAAAAUA